AUGUGUCAGCUGCUCACGGGGAUCAACGGUCGGGCAAAGCAGACCAUCGAGCUGCUGCUGUUGACAACUCCAGAAGCUUCUCCAAGCAUCAAAACCCGCUCGGUCGAUCGCAGCGAAAUGUAUUGA